CCAACAAUCAACAGGCAAGAUGAGUCUCAGCGCUAAAGACAAGGACACAGUGAAAACCUUCUGGGCCAAAGUGGCUCCCAGAGCGGGGGACAUCGGUGCUGAUGCUCUGUCCAGGAUGCUGGUUGUGUAUCCUCAGACCAAGACUUAUUUCUCCCACUGGAAGGAUCUGAGCCCCGGGUCUGCGCCUGUGCAGCUCCACGGAGCCACUGUGAUGGGUGGAGUGGCUGAGGCUGUGGGGAAAAUUGAUGACCUGACCUCAGGCCUGGUGGAGCUGAGUCAGCUGCAUGCCUUCACCCUGAGAGUGGAUCCUGCAAACUUCAAGAUCCUGUCUCACAACCUGAUGGUGGUCAUGGCCAUGCAGUUCCCCAGUGACUUCACCCCUGAGGUUCAUGUGUCCAUGGACAAGUUCCUGGCUGCUGUGGCUCUGGCCCUGUCUGAGAAGUACAGAUGAACUGCAGGCAGCAGCUCCAACCUGCAGGGAGACUGACUCUCUGUCAGUU